UAUGCAUAUACACAUUAUAUGCAACAAGGGUCCGCAACGAGUUAGGAUACACGGAUGGUCUUCCGUCAUUAAAACAUUCUUUUGUGGAUGAACAGCUUUUAGAAUUUGCUGAAAUCUACCGUAGGAUUACUGAUUGAUAUUUCAGCAAAAGAAAAAGGAUAUUCAUUCUACUUUGUGACAUCUUGAUUCUUCAAUUAAAGCACUUCAAGUUGGAGUACAUCUCUCUUAUUUUCGAGAUCGCAAGCCGGGAACGGAUCUGUUCCCCGUGGGCAUUCAGCCCGGUGAUUGUUCUAACGACGCGCUGUACUAAGUGCGAAGAAGCUCACCUACAGAAAACAAUCUGGUUAAAAGAGGAAAAGCGUGGAAAUUCUCGAGUCGUACUACUGAAAGUGAAAGGAUUUAUUUUAUAAACGACAGUAUUUUAUUACAUCAUUAGUGACUUGUCUCAAUUCAUGAUGGAUUUAUUUCAGAAAUUCAAAGGAAAAUUCAAGGGGCCUUCAGACGCCAACACCGAGAAGCAAAAGGGUGAAGGGCAGUCUACAGUCCCAGCUAAAAACAUGUCGUACACACCAAAGAGGCAUUCUCUCAACACAGACUAUGAAAUAUCAAAGAAGGUUCUUGGACUCGGUAUCAAUGGAAAAGUGCUAGAAUGUAUAGACAAGAAGUCAAAGGAAAAGUUUGCCCUGAAGGUGCUGGCAGAUAACACCAAAGCAAGGAGAGAAGUGGAGCUUCAUUACAGAGCAUCAUCCCUCAGCACUGGAUUCCCAAUCAACAUCGUUCACAUCAGAGAUAUCUAUGAAAACAUGUACAAUGGCCAAAGAUGUCUUCUAGUCGUCAUGGAAUGCAUGGAAGGAGGAGAGCUCUUCAGCAGAAUACAAGAAAGAUCAUCCUUCACAGAAAGAGAAGCAGCAGAGAUAGUACGUAGCAUAGGUCAAGCCGUCCACCAUCUUCACGUAAUGAACAUCGCUCACCGUGACCUCAAGCCCGAAAACUUGCUCUAUCGUGACAGGACGCCAAACUCACUUCUCAAGCUCACAGACUUCGGCUUUGCCAAGGAAACGACAACAACAAAUCUUCAGACGCCCUGCUAUACACCUUACUAUGUUGCUCCAGAGGUACUAGGACCAGAGAAGUACGACAAGUCAUGUGACAUGUGGUCAUUAGGGGUCAUCAUGUACAUCCUACUAUGUGGGUUCCCGCCAUUCUACAGCAACCACGGCAUGGCCAUAUCACCGGGCAUGAAGCGUAGAAUACGCAACGGUCAGUACGAGUUCCCUGACCCCGAGUGGAGCCAGGUGUCGGAGGACGCUAAGAAUCUGAUCAAGAAGCUGCUCCGUACGGACCCGGCCGAGAGACUGUCCAUUCAAGAGUUCAUGAACAGCCCUUGGGUUAGGCAAUGUAGCGCUGUACCGGCUACUCCUCUCCAUACCAGCAGUGUGAUGAAGGAAGAAGGUGUCAAUCAAUGGGCAGACAUCCAGGAUGAGAUGACAAAUGCCCUUGCAACGAUGAGAGUAGACUAUGAUCAGAUCAAAAUCAAAGAAGUCAACGUGUCGACCAACCCACUCCUGGCAAAGAGACGCAAGAAGGAACUAGCGAUGCAGGCUGAAUAGACUCUACAGACAGCAAGAAGGAGCUAUAUAUGCACGAUAGGAUGGGUGCAAGGAGGACCUCGUAAUGGUCCGUCCGGUCAGGCAACGGGUCUUAAAUCAACAGAUUUCCCCAACACGACAGAUAUUUUUCACACUUUUAUCCAAAUUGACUCAUCAAGAGAGAAAUGUAUCAGUAUUGAUAAUGGUCUUUCUGUACAAGUACUCUUGUAUAACUCUAUUGGACUGUGGCCAAGAAUGCAUCUAUAGAGUAUUUUUCUGAUACUUACAUAGGGUUAUCCAUUUGGUACGUCAUUGAGAUGCCGCCGCUUAUGGUAAAUCCAAUUUUGCGCAUGCUCACGAUAUGCAGUGGAGAACUGCUCAUGAUCAUGGUUGAUUUGGACAUCAAAUACAUCAAUUCCAUUUGUACAAUUUAUAUAUAUAUUCUCUAUCAUGAAGGCGUGCCGUGAUGUUUGAUGUCCAGUGAUAGUGUAUUGCCAAAUUGAAGAUGAAGAAGAAAAAAAACGAGAUUCUCAAGGAUAUGGGAUGGUGACAUAUUCCAUGUAAAAAUUAAAGAGUUUUUGUGGGUUUAUUCUGAGAGUCUUUCUUGGGAUAGUUGUCGAUAUCUUUUGUGAUAUUUUUGACAGUAAACUGAGUAGUUUGUCUGCUUUGUUUUAUUUGAUGGCAAAUUAAGUGAUUCUGUUGCAGUAUUUUUCUCC